AGUAACCUGCACAAUUACAUUAGUGUCGUUCUGGUCUCAUUGCAGUUUGGGUGGUGUAUACUCCGGGGUGUGAGUGCUCUAGCAGCCGGUGCAAGAGUUACCUCCUUGCUGCAGCCUUGAUCAAUCGCCGGAGGAUAUCCAGCUGGCCGCGCCCGGCGGCGCCAUUUGUUGCUUGUUCACCUGAGCGAAGCCACUUCUUGAGAAAGAGUACUCACUCGCGUACAUACACACACCUGCCAUGGAGAACGGCUUGUCUGAGAACAUCUACGAAACCCCCAAUGAAAGCAUGGAGCUGGAAGACGUCUACGAGAAUUCGCCGCAGGUGCUCGGAGGGGAGGAAGCCGCCGUCUACGACGAGGUCGCCCGCCCCUCUUCGGAUUCCCCGAGCCGCUCGCCCCCUUCCCCCUCCUCCUCAGCGGAGAGCGCAGAGCUGAACCACCACCACGACGGCACGGAGCAGGAGGCUGACCGGGACGAGGUGGACGAGCGGCACAGCUGCAGCCCCGACGCCCACAGCACACACCUGAAUGGCAGCCCCAGCCCCAGCUCGAGUCCGAGCCCCGGCCCGGGCGACGGUGACCUGGUGCCGCAGCAGAAUUUCGAUAUCUCCCUCUAUGUCAGGGCUGGCAUUGAUGGAGAGAGUAUUGGUAAUUGCCCCUUUUCCCAGCGCCUCUUUAUGAUUCUGUGGCUGAAAGGUGUUGUAUUCAAUGUCACAACAGUUGACCUGAAGAGAAAACCAGCAGAUCUACAUAAUCUAGCUCCUGGUACUCACCCUCCGUUCCUGACCUUUGAUGGGGAGGUCAAGACAGAUGUCAACAAGAUUGAAGAAUUCUUGGAGGAUACUUUGUGUCCACCAAAAUAUCCCAAGCUUGCGGCAAAGCACCAUGAGUCGAAUACUGCUGGAAUUGACAUCUUUGCAAAGUUUUCAGCGUACAUUAAAAACACAAGAAUUAAUGCUAACGAUGGUCUUGCAAAGAAUUUGAUCAAAGCCUUGAUGGGGUUGGAUGAAUACUUGAAUACUCCAUUGCCUGAUGAGAUAGACGCCUACAGUGUUGACGAUAUAACUGUGUCUCAUCGCAAGUUCCUUGAUGGUGAUGAGUUAACAUUGGCUGAUUGCAAUAUCCUACCCAAGCUGCAUAUUGUGAAGGUUGUGGCAAAGAAAUACCGGAACUUUGAGAUCCCAGCGGAGAUGACUGGAGUCUGGCGAUACCUGAACAAUGCCUACGCUCGGGAUGAAUUCACCAAUACUUGUGCUGCAGACAGUGAAAUCGAAGCUGCUUAUGCAGAUGUGGCAAGAAGACUUUCAAGAUCCUAAAUCAGCAAGGGGUUCAUUGAAAAUCAGUUUCAGUGACAAAAGACUGCUUUCAUUUGCCUUGCCUUUUAAACCUAAAUUCAUCCAUUUGGCACCAUUACAUUUCAGCUGUGUUCACUUUAGUUGGUGUUCUGAUUGUAAAUAAGAAAUGUGCUUAAUUACUCAUGAUCUUUUUAUUCUUCCCCCUCCCCACCUCAGAUUAAUCAAUGCCUAAUGCCUUUCGUUUGCAGCUUAUUGCUUGUCACUAGAAUUGUAUGUGGCCUUCUAAGAAAUUCAAAUGAGUGGGCUUGCUCAUGGCUCCAAACUGGAAUAAUCUUACUCCUGGGAUUUCACAAAUGUUGCGAGUUCUGUCAAUGUCCCCAGCCAUAUUGUUAAAAGAGAAUGAAAUUGAAUCACAGCAAUGAUUGAGUUUGAAGAAGAGAACUCAACUUCUCAGUCAUUAUGAGGAACUAAAGUAGGACUCACAAGAGAAUGUCUUUAACCAGUUAGUCUAUAUUAAUCACUAGAACUUCAGCUUCGAGAGGGCAGCGUUAAAGUUUUACUACUUUAUAUCUAACUGAUUGUGGCUUUCUAUUUUUGAGACCCUAGAGGCCUGUGUCUGAGAGGCAGUAUGUCUCAAAUAAAUCAGAUAUGAAAAAUUAUUGGACACACAAAACCAAACAACUCAGUUAUGCCUUUGUACAAGAUUGUUCUAUCACAACAGGGAUGCUAUACUUCAUUUACAUUGCCGCCAAUGUUACUGGAGGCUAGCUUCUCAUACAAGUGUGACCCACUUAUUUUUUUCUCUUCUGUUCAUUUGACCUUUAAGGAUCGAGUUAAAGCAACUUUGAGGAUGGACUUCACCUAGUCCUUAAGAUCAUGAGACAUUAGGUUAUCUGAUCAUGGCUGAUUUAUAUUUUCCCUUGUAACUCCAUUCUUCUGCCUUCACCCUAUAACCCUCAACAAUGUUACUAAUGAAGAACAUAUCUACCUCCACUUUAUGUAUAUCCAAUGACUUGGCCUUACAGCCAUCUGUAGCAAUGAAUUCAACAGAUUCACUACCCUCUGGCUCAAGAAAUUCCUUCUUAUCCCUCUUCUGAAGGGAUGUUCUUUUAUUCUCGGGCUUUGUCCUCUUCUCCUUGAAUCUCCUGCUACUGGAAACAUCCUCUCCACAUCCACUCUAUCCAGGCCUUUGAAUAUUCAGUAGGUCUCGAUGAAAUUCCUCCUGCCCACCCCAUCCUUCUAAACUCUAGCCAAUGCGGGCCCAGAGCCAUCAAACACUCCAUGUGUAUUAACCCUUUCCUCCGCCAGGAUUAUUCUCAUUAAUCUCCUCUGGAUACUCUCCAGCGAGCAUAUCCAUUCUUGUGUAUGGGGCCCAAAACUGGUCACAAUACUCCAGAUGUGAUCUGGCCAGCGCCUUAAAAAGCUUCAACUUUACAUUCAUGCUUAAACUAGAAAAGAGCAGACAGAACCUUUUUUUUAAUUUUGCAAAUAAAAUAUCAAGAUUUUUAGAGAAUGCCCAACUAAAUACUUUGCAUAAAUUUACAUAAUACAUAAUUUUACAUAAUUUAUCCUAAAAAUUUAAAUCAUGUGAAUCCACACGUGUUUUGCAGGUAAAAUUAUGCAGAAUUUAAUGUAGGAAUAUUAAUGGGUUGAUAUGUGUAUGGUAUUAAUCUUUAAUGAGAUGAUUUUUAUUUCUGAUAUUUUUUCUGUAGUUUUACCAACAGAAUGGAAAAGUGCUGCAACUGAGAGUAGUUAUCAUAUUAGAUUUUCUUAUUGAUGGCAGUGACAUUUUGAUCCCUUAUGAUCCUGAAAGAGACAUACAGACAUCUCAGAACUUUGGCCAAGUUGUCUUAUCUCAUUUGGCAGGAGAAAUAUAAUUGGCUGAUUGAAAUGUAUUUUAAAGUGUGGGACUUUAAUGUGAGCAAGGGAAAUUUUAAUUCACUGUACGAGUUAGUAUGUGCCCUGCGUUAUAGCAGUUUGGUUCAUGGAAAUUCGCCCUUAUGGAAUUCAUGAAUAAGUACUUUUUAAAAAAAAAAAUUAUAUUUGGAAUAUCAAUUCACUCUUACAGAAUUUAUGUGAGAAAAAAAUAACUUAAAAUUCAAAAGAACCCAUAAAUUUUAUCGUCGAUGUUUUGGGCUGAGACCCUUCAUCAGAACAGGAAUAAACAUUGACUGCAUAUUCCCCUCCAUAGAUGUUGCCUAACUUGCUGAGUUCCUCCAGCACUUUGUUUUCAAGAUUUGCAGCAUCUGCAGAAUUUCUUGUAUUUACAAUUUUUUAAAUCAAUUUUUGUCAAUAGUUUGAUGGAAAAUUACAAUACAGAUAGUUUUCUAGAAAUACUGGGGAUAAACUAAAUUGGUGAAAUAAAAAUGAGCUUAAAUCAUUAGAAAAGUUAAAUAUAGAUGGCUAAAAUGCGCCCUCUGGUGUUGCUUCUAAAACAUUGUCAAAACUGAAUCAACGGGUUGUAAUUAUUUGGACGUUUGAAAUUUUGAACUUUUAAUGAGACAGAUGUGAGCUUGCUUUCUGAUGAAAAGAACGAACAUAGGAUUACUGGUAGCUGGGCCAGCUAACACUCUUUUGACUUGAUGAAGUGUAAAUUAAUAUGAGUAAAUUCGAUGUCUCAAUGACCACCAGAGACACCACAUUUUUCCUUCACCCUCACACAUUGAUGGUUGAUGAGGUAGCAACAUUGGUCAUCUCAAGAGCCAUUGUUUGGCCUAUUUAUUUGUUAGUUCAGCAGAUGAAGUAGGUAAUAGCUUUAGCAAGCUGGCACAAGUAUACUUUGUCCCCUUGCAAAUUCUUCCUGAUAUCAGCAGAGUACGGAAGUUUUUUUAGUCAAAUAAGUACAGAAAUUAAAUUCAGUUUUACUCUAAGAUGUUAAAGGUACAAAUAUUGUACCUGCUAUUUUGUUUUUACAGUAUUUUAAUUACUUCUUGAUAAAUGGCUACGACUGUUUAAUCAGCUGAAGUUAAAAAUUCGUCUUUUCAAAUAUACAAGUUACUUUUUUCUCUGUUUAAUAGUUUUUGUAUUAAUUAGGCUGGAUAGAUUCCUCUGAGAACUAAUUGCAUUUUAUUAAUCAUUGAGCAACAUUACUUUUUCUGGACACUUUUAAACGAAAACACGUUCUUUUGGUAAUGUUGAACUGUCAUCAACUGAAAGCUGGUAGGUCCUCUUUUGUGUACUGAUAUUUUCCUGUGUGCAUACCUAGGGUUCUUCACUUGGGAAUACAGAAGAUUAACAGUAAGAAGGUUUGGGGUUAUGUAUACCGGAGUACAAGGCUGGAAGUUCCCAAAGCAGGUUCCUCCUUGGACCAUCGUCCACCACAACAGUUUCUGUCUGUAUAACCAUCAAAAUGACUUUGGGCCAGGGGUUCCCAACCUGGGGUCCUUGGACCCUUCACUUAAUGAUUGGGACCCUCUGAUUCAGGCCAUCUCCAGCUUCGAAGGUACAGAAUUCCUUCCUCUCUUGGGCUGUAGUAGGGUUAGCAACGCCAUAAAAAGAUGUGUAUGAAGCAAGCGUUUUAGUACUUUGCAUAAUACAAGCCUCUAAUCUGUUAGCAGCUGAACAGGGAGGGAAUACUACCAGUGGGUAAUGGGCACUGGCUAUGUUGUUACAGGAAUAAAUGCAAAUCUAAUAAUAUCAUGUAGUUGUUCGGUACCUGAACAUUGAAGAGUAGACACUGGAACACAGAAAAUCUUUCACUCACUUUAGUGUGCAUGGGGCAGCAUCUAUUCCUGUGGGCAGGUGUUAUAAAGAGUGCAGAUAAUAACCCUCUGAUUUCAUAACACAAAGUGGUAGGCAGACUACUCCGGUGACAGUUAAAUGCUAUUUAUCAGAUUGUCACUUUUCUUUGAGAAUGAAUGUAACUUCAGUGGGUUAGUGGUAAGAUUUAGAACCUAUUGUCAGGCUUUUUCUCUGAAAGCUGAAGAGUGAUUUGGAGGCUUUUAAAAUUGUAAAAGGUUUUGAUUAAACAAAAGCAAUUUCCUCUGAUUGGGGAGAGAGCCAAGAAAAUGAUCAACUUAAAACCUGCUACUACAAAAAUGAGCAGAAAGAUGAGGAGAAAUACCAUUUCAAUGGGGAUUGUUUAGGAUGUGAAUAUUUACCACAGAAAGCAAUUGUAGAUGUUGUACUGUCCAAAAUAGAGAGGAUUAAAGUUUUAAGUAAGAUAUAAUGGGGUGAGGAACAGGUUUAGUUUUGGGGUUAUUCAAGCAAAGAAUAUAAGAGUUCACUGGUUGCCAUCUGUAUAAUAAAUGGAAAUGAUACUUUAAGUUAUCCGUUGUAAAACGUACCUUACCCUUUUCUGGUUUGUGUCCUGUACAACACCCAUUUGAUGCACAAAUUUGGAAGUGUAUUGAAACAGAAAAUACAAACUUCUGUUUUAGAAUUUUUUAAAAAAAGGCCCUUCAGACUUAGUUAACUAAAAUAUGAUGAUGUGAUCCUUUGCAUUAGGAGCUAAGCAUAUAACUCAUUUUAAUUUACACUGAAUUGAGUGAUAUUAACAAGUUUAGUUAUGAAUAAAGGUUUUUUGUUUCUUAUUGCCUACAUGAUUAGUAUUUUUCUUAACUGGAACUUUUAAGUGAUUAUAGUGAAGACUUCACUGAAAAGCUGGCCAUUGUUGUUAGCUUGAGAUGUGUAAUUGUGUUUUAUGGACAAGCGUAUGGCUUUAUAGUAAGACUGUUUAAGAAUCUUAACCACAGAAUGUACAAUGAAGAAAACACUGGACAAAGCUAGAUGCUGAUGUGAUUUAAUUUUUUGCUCUGAUUAUUUGCACUGGUUAGAUAAUUGUGCCCAGACUUGACCAGCAGCUGCUAAAGAAAUAAAAUCAUAUAUUUUCACAACA